AUGGCAGAUGCCUUGGCAACUUUGGCUUCCAUGAUCAUUGUGAAUCAUUGGAAUGAUGUGCCUAAGAUCGAUGUUAUGCAUCUUGAUAGACAUGCUCGUGUAUUUGAAAUGGAAGAAGUCUCUGAUGAUAAGCCAUGUGGUUCAGAGAAGACCCCUACACCAGCAUUUAUUGCAGAAGCACUUCACCUAGAAACGUCUAUUGUGAAGGCCAACUUCACUAAAAAAGGAGGGAUUAUAGGUCUAACCUAUAGAUUCAUGUUGGAGAAAGCCUUUAUCUUUGAAGAAGCAGAUAGUAGAGAUGCCUUUGAAGCCAUUUUUGAUCUACUCAUUUAUGGAAUUAGGCUUUUCCCAAACAUUGAUGACUUUGUGGAUGUUAAUAUUGUACGAAUCUUCUUAAUUGGUAACCCAAUACCCACAUUACUUGAAGAUACCUACCAUUCUAUCCAUCACAGGACUAAGAAAGGUGGUGGAACCAUUCUUUGUUGUGCAUCUCUCCUAUAUAAGUGGUUUAUUUCUCACUUACCCAGAUCCAAACUCUUCAGGGAGAAUUCGCAGAAGCUCAGAUGGUCUCAGAGGUUCAUGUCCAUUGAUCAAGGGAGUAUACAUUGGUAUGACCCCUCCUAUGAUGUUAGAGUAAUUAUUGACAGUUGUGGUGAGUUUCCUAAUGUACCUCUCCUUGGUGUACAUGUGGUAAUUAACUAUAACCCCAUCCUUGCCAGACACCAGUUAGGAUAUCCUAUGGCAGAUAAACUCGAUAACCUUCUGUUGUCAGGUUUCUUUUACCUCAACGAAGAAGAGAGUUUCUGUCUGAAGGAUAGAAUCAUACAUGCUUGGCGCAACAUCCAUAGGAAAGGAAAAUACCGAUUAGGAAGAAAGAACUGUGUUGCUUUUGAGCCCUACACCCAAUGGGUUUGUGCUAGAGCUAGUGAACUUAAGAUGCCCUAUGCUCCUAAGAAGCCCUUAUUCCCUUAUGCUAUAAUAUUAUCAUCCACCAUUCCUAUUAAGAAUAGGGAAGAGUUUCAAGAAAUUUUGGAUAGGUUGAAAUUGGAAAGAGACACUUGGGAAGGCAAGUACCAUGUGUUGAAACAUAAGAAGAUGAAGAUUGGAGCAGCAGCUAAAGGAGAAAGAUGA